GCCCGGUAGCUCUUCCCGGCUAGUCUCUAUGGUCGCGCCGGCGUUGGUGGUACGGGCGCCGGGCGAGUUCUGAGGCUUCCAACUUUGCGGUCGACCUGAUCGGUGUGGGCUUUGGCGCAGCGCGAUGUCGGAGAAGAAGCAGCCCGUCGACUUGGGUCUCCUGGAAGAGGACGAUGAGUUCGAGGAGUUUCCCGCGGAAGACUGGGCUGGCUCAGAUGAAGAUGAAGAUGCACAUGUCUGGGAGGACAACUGGGAUGACGACAAUGUAGAAGACGACUUCUCCAGUCAGCUGCGCGCUGAGCUAGAGAAGCAUGGGUACAAGAUGGAGACUUCAUAGCAUCCAGAGAUGUUGCAAGAACCUUAAACAUGGACUGUGGAUUAAAUUCUAGGACAGAGAGACCAGGAUGGGAUACUUUGCAGAAUGUUUAUUUCAUUAUCUGCUUGGAUUUAUUUUUGUUUUUAUAACAAAAAAAAAAUAAGUAAAUAAAUGUUUUGAUCUAA